AAUGAUAUCUGUUUUUUAUACCUUUCCUUACAAAAAAAAUCAAUAUUUUACAUAAUGAGCUGUCGGUAUCACUCCUUUUGCAAUUAGCUUCGACUGCAGCAGUUUCAUCUGUCGAUGUACUUUCAUGGGAUGAGGCUUAUGCCAAAGCCGACAAACUCGCUGAACAAAUGUCACUGGAUGAUAUCACGAAGCUUACCACGGGCAAAGGUCUUUUUAUUGGCCCAUGCAUAGGCACAACGACCAGCAUAACGAAUCCUAAUUUUCCUAGCCUCUGUCUUGCCGAAUGAUCCUUUGAGUGUUCGAGGCUCACCGUUUGUAAACGCAUUCCCUGCAGAAAUUAUCAUUGCUGCCUCCUUCGAUAAAGAGUUGAUGCGCCAGCGUGGCAUUGACGUGGGAUCUGGGUUUCGGGGUAAAGGUGUCAGUCUUCAGUUAAGCCCAUCGAUGAACAUUGCAAGAGUUGCCAAAGCUGGACGUAACUGGGUAGGAUUUGGCGAAGUAAGUCUCAAACAUGUUAAAGCAUCUUGGUAUGGUAAGCGCAAGAGGCAAUAAACAGGACUGUUAAUCUAUACGUAUCAUAUGUAGGAUCCUUUCCUUUCAGCUGCAGCUGCAGCGGAAACUAUAGUAGGAAUCCAGAGCCAAGGCGUUGUAAAUUUUUGCGUUGGGGUGACCUAUCGUGCACUAAAGAAAGGCUUUUGAUACGGGCACCCCCUUCUCUUUUUAAUCCUCAUCGGGUUACACACAUUCUAUAAAUAUAUACUUGUGAGGAUGUCCGCAAGGAUGUGUUCA